ACUAGCUUCCCCCACCCCCGACCCCCGGCCAUUUCCGUGUGCGCUGCUCUUACAGACAAUGCGGUGCUGGGCGUCGCCUCUACCUGGAGGAUUACAGUAAGCCUGUUGUCAGUGAUGAGUCAGAGUGCGUGGUGCUGAUGCUGCUGCCAUUUCAUCACCUCCGCGAGCGCAGCAUCCAUCCCUCGGUCCUCCCCGCGCCUGGGCCUACCUGGCCUCAGGCUCCCAGGCCAACGAUGCCGUCGUGGCCGAUCUAGAUCAGGACCAAGCCGAGCUCUCUGAGGCCCUGGCCUGGCCCCCCCCAUCUCGCCGCCCGCGGCCCGGGCCAAGGAGACCUGCCGAGCCUCGGCCAUGGAGGCCAUCUGGCUGUAUCAGUUCCGGCUGAUUGUCAUCGGGGAUUCCACGGUGGGCAAGUCGUGUCUGAUCCGCCGCUUCACCGAGGGCCGCUUUGCCCAGGUUUCGGACCCGACGGUGGGGGUGGAUUUCUUCUCCCGUCUGGUGGAGAUCGAACCCGGAAAACGCAUCAAGCUCCAGAUCUGGGAUACCGCGGGUCAAGAGAGGUUCAGAUCCAUCACUCGUGCCUACUACAGGAACUCAGUAGGUGGUCUUCUCUUAUUUGACAUUACCAACCGCAGGUCUUUCCAGAAUGUCCACGAGUGGUUAGAAGAGACCAAAGUACACGUCCAGCCCUACCAAAUUGUAUUCGUUCUUGUGGGUCACAAGUGUGACCUGGAUACACAGAGGCAAGUGACUCGCCACGAGGCUGAGAAACUGGCUGCUGCAUAUGGCAUGAAGUACAUUGAAACGUCAGCCCGAGACGCCAUUAACGUGGAGAAGGCCUUCACAGACCUGACGAGAGACAUAUAUGAGCUGGUGAAAAGGGGGGAUAUUACUAUCCAGGAGGGCUGGGAAGGGGUGAAGAGUGGAUUUGUCCCCAACGUGGUUCACUCUUCAGAAGAGGUAGUCAAAUCAGAGAGAAGAUGUUUGUGCUAGUCAGCCCUUGUGUCUCCAAAACCUGCUGUCCCACCUGGACUUCCAGCUGAUCAAAAUGAUAGAAUCAUCGUGUGACUCAAGAGAACUUAAACCUCUAUAUUGGAUACCAAGUGAGCCUCCUCCCCAAGGGGCCCUCGGACAGGUGAUGAGUGGGUGGGUGGUGGAACCUGGGGGCUGGAACUGGCCCUGUUUUGUGGCCCAAGCUGCACACUGGCUGCUCUGUAUGCCCUUUGUAGACCGUAUGUCAAGAAGCUGAGGUCCAGGGAACCAGGCCCCCAAGGAAAGUACACCCACAGUUAGGACAACUAUUUCUUGGUGUUGCAUAGGUCAUGAUCAUAAUAAAAUAUGUCAAAAGGAGUAAAGUAUCACAUCGGGAACAAUGAUCAAGCCUACAAAAAUGAGUGAUAUCGACCCAACCAAUGAGAAUAUCCUGCACUAAAUGUAUGUGUGGGGUUUGGUUAAAAGGUACCAAUUAGCUCUCUACAGCUCAUCUGUAAAAUGAGGGGUAUGGGCCAGUCUUUUCAUAAGACCCAUUCAAGGCCUGGUGUUCUGGUAAAAAAAAAUGGUGUGAAUGUCAAGAGGGAGUCAAUUUAUACACUGUUAUUAUCACAUUCAAAAAAAUGUACAGUCCUGUGCAAGAAUAACCAGCGUGUUUAAGAAAUUUUCCCAUGCAAAUUAUCAUGGAAUUAGAAGAGAGAAAUACUGUUAACGCCAAUGCCAUCCCCCUUUCACCUCUGACCACACCUGGGGUUUCACUGCUUUGGCGACAAUGAUCUGAACGUAAACACCUGCUUAGGAGGGGCUGUCACACUUACAGACACAUUAUGGUUCACUGAAUGACCUGUUUGAUCAUUGUAAGAGGCCAUGAGGUUUUCUUCCCCAGUUUACAAAAAAAUUACCUGAGAGGCAGAGGAGAGUCACUAGGCCAAAGUGAAGGUCUUCUGACUCCUGGUUCUUACUUCACUGCAUCAUCCUGCUGUCCAAUGAAUAAACUGUUACUGUUUACUUUGGAAAAGAUAUGACUGCAAAUAAAUAUUCUCUACAUGUUAGGAUAUGUUUCCUUAUUGAUUAUAACUCAGCUCUAACCCUGAGGAAACCUGGGCAUAAGUCAAAGGUAAAGCCCAUUCAGGUAUUAUCGAAAAGAGGAUUUUACACAAGUGAAUAAUUGCACAGUGAACACACAUUAGAACUGUUUGGGUUAUAAGUGUUCUUAUCACUGAAAUGCAGUGGAUAUAUUAUUGAAAGGAACUAAAUACAGCAACGAGGAGUGGGAUGGGGGUAAAUACUCACUUCACAAUGACCUUGGCUCCUUGUUUGCCAUAUGCCUACACUGGGUUUCUAUCUACCCUACAAAGUUAACUCUUAAUUCUCAGGUGAACAGACAGCUAACUAGUUGCAUCAGAAACUUGAAAUGGUUGCCUUGUGGUUCCAUUAUCUUCUUGAAGAGAGGUGAUGCUUUAAAUGAUUUUUUGAUUGUAGCCAGUUCAGCUAGGCAAAAGCCAUACUUUUAGUAGUAAAAAAAAAAUAAUAAUAAUUCUGAUUAGAGUCAGGUUUCUCAUUUCCAUUGUGAUAGGAACGCCUGAGGAUGGUAAAUUGCUUUGAAAUAUGGUGUUGAAUUUCAGAAUGGAUGUAACUGAAUCUGAAAUUUGAAGGAUUUACUUCAGCCAGAAUAAAGCAGCAAAAUCAUGAAAAUUAUGGAAACAAACCACCUUGGACCUACCUGCAGCAUCUACUACAAGUGACCCAAUCAUCAUCUCUUCCUUGGUUUAGCAUGACCUAGCUUGGGUGGAGUAACUAAGUUGCCAGAUUUGUGGUUGUAGAAGACAAAUAAAAGAUAGUAAAUUGGGCUAACACAAAAUUUCAUCAACUACUAUACUUAAUUAUGUUUAGAAGAUUCUGAAAGCAAGAUUAUCCAGUGGAUAGAUGAGAGUUGACUGGAUUCUGUCAGUUCAAGAAAAAAAGGAUAGAAACAAAACUCUCUAUCGUUUUCUUGACUUAAAUACAUCAUAUGUAUAUUUUUCUCAUUCUUUGCAUUUUUAGGCAGGUUUAAAAAUACUCAUCAUAGAUUCAGCAGAAGUGGCUGGGCUUAACUGCUUAAACAAGCUCUAGAACUUUAAAACUCAUUUUAGUAGAAUUCAGUGCUGUUGUCACUGCAAUAAGUGGGUUUUGGAAAAUGUGUGAAAAAGUCCGGUGUUAGUACAAUAUUAAGGGUAAAGCUCUAGAAGCUAUUUUACUACAUAGGUGAAGACAAGAUAAACUAACUUGUAACAAAGACCACAACUGCAUGUUGGAUUAGAUUGCCUCAUAUUCCAGAAUAAAAUGUACUGUGUACUUUUCCUCACUUUGUUGUGCACUGUAAUGAAAUGUGAAAAACUUUAGCUGUAUGUGAAUGAAAAUAUGCUUGUAUUUAGUAAAAUGGUUGAUUAUGUGACUGU